AUGGCAGUCCUUUACGCUUCCAAGGCGAAGUGUACUCGCUUCAAGGCGAUAGUGGAGAGAACAAGACGGCUUCUUUUUACCGGUGCAUCAGGAGCUAAUGGGAUUCGUGCCCUUAGCCGCAGUCUUGGCAUAGCAGUAGACGCUGGUGGGAAACUUGUGGAUAAAGCCACCUUUGUAGAAUGCCUAAAAAGUAACGAUGUCCCAUUGGACGAGGAGGAUGUGGAGGCAAUAAUGUCUGUCUUGGAUAGAACUGGGGAUGGCAUGCUUGAUCCGGUGGAUUUUAUUGCAGCCUUGCGACGAGAACUCACUCCAGUGAAGCGUACUUGGAUCAUACGGUUGUGGUACACCUUUAGGCAGAACACGAAUGGGACGAUUUUCAUUGAAGAUCUCGUGAAUGCGUUUAAUCCUGCAGGCCAUCCUUCCGUUUUGUCUGGAGAGCGCAGCGAAAAGGAGGUGCGGGAGGAAUUUCAAGGGACGUUCAAUACCACCACCAAUCCUGAUGGUGUAUUGACGCGGCAGGAGUUUGAGCAGUACUACUCGUGCGUCGCUGGAUCGUGCCUUGAUGACGCUUCGUUUGUGGCGCUCUUACGAGGUGUAUGGCCUGCGCUUGCAGGUAAGUCAGGCCAACACGUUACAGUGAAUGAUGAAAGGGAAAACAUUUGUGGUGCAACCUUCAAGGCUUCUCAGACGGCAGUUCAGAAAGGCGCUGUCAACAAGGUCAGACAAAUUGCUGCGGACUUUGAUGGGAUUAUUCGCACCUCACACCGUCCUGCUGUCAUGGCCUCACCGCUUGCCGCUCGACAGGUUUCUCUCUUAUUGCGCGUAAAAGAUGCAGAGGGGGCAUUUUUUCUUACGAGGGAGGACUUUUUGGCGACAUUGUGGCAGCAACGCCUAUACAUUGCAAAACCGGAAGAAGCUCUAGAAGUUUUGGAUACAAGGGGAGACAGCUCUGUCGAUUACUUACUUUACCUGACGAUGCUUUUACCGCAACUUUCCCCAGCCCGUAUGAUGAUGCUUGAGCGACUCUGGGAGUUGUUUCCAAAAGACACAUGCGGUACUAUCGAUGUCUUGGAGCUUCACAAUUCUUUCAAUGCAAAAGAUGGUGAGGAAAAGAAUGCUUUUCUGAGUGCAUGGGACGUUCGUCUUGCCAUUCAACGGCGGGUUACUUUGGAGGAAAUUGUUGAUUGGUACAUUCCUAUGAGCGCGACAGUACAGUUGGAUAAGGAUUUUGAGGCGGUGCUGAAGAGACAGUGGAACUUGGCAUAG